CGCAAAGUCUCAACUUCGUCAUGAGGACUUCUUAGUAUUGCACAUUGUUCAAUCGCAUGGACUUUCUUGACUUCGACGCUGUUCCUCUCCUGGGUUGGGACCGCAUGUUGUCGAUUUGAAGCUGUCGCAUUUUCAUACUGGACUUCCAUUCUUCCGUUCUUUAUAUCAGCUUUAUAGAUGGAUGCUUUGCCAAUGAUUCCAGUCCUGUUUACGCAUUUCUUUUUCCUAUCUGCAUUUUCAUCAGGAAUUGAGCUUCAAGAUCUCUUCUCUUAAAGUAUUUGUGUCUGUCUGUUUUUAUUUCACGUUCUAUUUCCGUCUUAUGAUACCCCAUUUUGUCUUCUCGCAUCAAUUUCUUUCAGGGAUCUCUGGAAAAGGUAAGGUCCACUAUCAAGAUGGAUCCUGGGGCUUUCGAGUUAUUCUCCGCGGGCGAGGAGAAGCGGCGAAACCAGGCCGGAACAAAAGGCUUUUACCCUCACGUCUCGGAAUACCAAAAGCAGACGGACUCAGAAGACGGCUUCACCACCAGGACGCCGAGCAAGGCUUCAACCAGUACUACUUUGGAUCCGGGUACCUAUCAUGCUGGAGCUGAACAUCUCACUGGAGACCUCGUGGACGGACACGUGGUCGACCCGCGAGACGAAGCCCGCUGGGUCCCCGGCACGCUUGAGCAUGUUCCGUGGCUGGCGUUUGUCUGUCUUGCCAUCUCUCUUGGCUGUAUGGCUUUGAGCACUUCGAUUCUGGUCAUAUCUAAUGGCCAGCCGGUGGAGAGCUGGAGGGUACAACCUCCUGUCAUUCUAGCCAUUGCGUCCGCCGCUGCCAACGUCGCACUGACAUGUGCCUUGUCCCAGGGGCUCACAAUUUCCUGGUGGUACAAGGCAUUGCGAGGUGGGACUGUCGGGGAUCUGCACAGAAUAUGGAAAUUCGAAACGCUCUGGGCAUGUAUAUGCGCCGGCCGGCACUUCAACAUCAUCGCCCUCGCAACUAUCCUUGUGUCCGUGGCCGUCAUCGACGGUCCACUUCUGCAGCGAGCCUCGACCGUCGGGACAAGCCAAUUCUCUCAAUCCGUUACACUAGACCUUCCCAUUGCGCAACAACUCCCCACGGGCUACACAUCCAUGAUGCUCGGACGUGUUAAUUACCCCGCAGUCUUGAACGCUCCGUUUGCGCAGAUCCUGCAAGACUACUCGCAGCGCAAACCCAUCACAGUCGACGCCGGAUGCAACGGGACAUGCUCGACCACCGUACAGGGCGCCGGCUUCGCCAUUGACUGCGACCCUCCUGCGACAUCCCACGUCAAUUACACCGCCAUGUACAUGCUUCAGCACCAAACAUACGACCCGAGUCCCGUCUUCAACGUCAGCCUCGAAUGGAGCGGCGGCAACUACGCCGUCACGAGCGACCCGACAACCGCAACGCCCGAACAACUCAUCCUCUCAGUCGGAUACUCCCACACGACCGACUGCGCCGGGGACUUCAUCACCCGGAAAUGCGUCCUGUCCGAAGCAAUCGUCGAAUACCCGCUCCAACUCGACCAGCGCACCGUAUCGACCUUCACCAACCCUACACCACACCUCAACGUCGUCUCCAAGGGCAACUCCACGCCCGACGUCGCACCCACAUACCUCCCCAACGAGAACGUCACGCUCGGCGGCUUCGCCCUCGCAGGCACAGACAUGUUCUACACAAACACGGGCCUCAUGUUCGUCGGCGCCGCGGGCAUGUAUCAGCUCGUGGGCUUCAACACGUUUGCAAGCAGAUAUAUCAUUGAUCCCAACUUUUACAUGAACUGCCAGUUUGCAUGGCAUGAUCCGACAGACGACAUUUUGGACGCAUUGAACGAGAUUAUGUUCCGCUCUGCGCUGGCCACUGCUCCACUCUCGGACCCAACUGUCUAUAUAGACUCUCCAUCAUCAUCAUCAUCAUCAUCAUCAUCAUCGCCCACCUCUUCGUCAGCCUCUAAACGAUCAUCAUUCCACACUCAUCAAACCCCCUCAGCAGUCCAAGCGAGCAACCACACCGUGUACGUAUCCCACUUCAAAUACCUCGCGGGCGCACUUGUCGUGAUGAGUCUCGGCAUCCUGUCCGUCCUCCCGACAUUCAACGGCUUCUGGCAUAUUGGGCGCCACGUGACGCUGAGUCCGAUCGAGACGGCCAAGGCAUUCAACGCGCCUAUCCUGCGCACAAAGCCCUCGCAUUCCAACGCAAACAUGACGCAGCUGCUGAGUCUCUUGGGCAAGAAAAGGGUCAAGUAUGGAGAAAUCAGUCAUGCCGUGACGCGCACCACGACGUCGUCAUCAUUGUCGGGAUGGGGAGAUGACGACCAAGAAAGAGAUGAGUUUGGCACUGCCAAAGUAAAGAGGAACCCGCUCUUGAGAAAGAGGUUGGAAAUUGCGCAUCCGCGGGAUGUCGUCUGGCCACGGGAGGGCAUGAAGCUUUGACGUUGGGUGCAUUUAUCGUCAGUCUGUAUCGGGUUCAUGUAUUAUAUUUACGGCGGUUGGCUGCAUCUAUUAUUUUAGACCAGUUUGGGUCAUCUAUCGCCUGUGACUUUCUGGGUUCGUCAUAUACUUUUCUAUAAGGACACGCAAUGCUUAGAAUGACUACAGCAAAAAGAAUUAAUAAAGGACAUAUGAUUGAUUCAAUUGGCAUAAUACAAUCAAUAUCAAAAGCAGGAAAAGCAUAUAAAAAAAAAGAAAUAGGUAUCCCCCCCAUUGUGUGACCCGCAUCCAAUUGAGUAAAAAAAAAAAAAAAAAAAA